GAAAUCCUCUCAAAUCCCAUUUCUCUCUCUCUCUAUCCCCCAUUUCUCUCUCUAAAUAUAUUACAUGUCUUGUUCUUAAGCCUGUCUUUGUCUCGACACCAAAUCUACAUUCUGCUGUAAAGAUCGAAGAAAUUAAAAUCUUUGCCAUGAAUGAAUGAAGAAAUUCGAAACCCCCAAUUUCAAUUUUUGAUGUUUCUUUGAAGUGCUGUGUUUUUUAAUUUUUUUUUAUUUUUGUAAAUCUGUUGUUCUUCUGGAUUUCUGUUCUGUUUCGAACAAUGAAUGGUGGGAAUUCCCAGCGAAGCAAUAAGCUUUCAUGGACGAAGAAGCUUGUCAGAAAGUGGUUCAGUUUCAUGUCGAAAGUCGACGAUUUUAAGGAAGGUGAAGCUGCCAAUGGAGCUGUUGAUUUCAAGAACACCUUUUGUGAAGGCCACCAUCACUCUGCAAUCAAAAACAGUAAAUUUGAGAAAUCGGCGAGGAACAUAGAACGAUCAUUUUCGCAGCGACGAUCGCGGUCGCGCCGAGGCCGCGGCUAUCUCGAUCACCCCCAGAUCAUAAACAUACAGAAUUAUAGUGUCUUCGUAUCGACGUGGAAUGUCGGAGGGAAGUCGCCGUCGAGCCAAUUGAACUUAGACGACUGGCUGCAUUCCGCGCCGCCGGCAGACAUAUACGUGCUCGGGUUUCAAGAAGUCGUUCCUUUGAACGCCGGCAACAUUUUGGGCGCCGAGGACAACGGUCCGGCGAGAAAAUGGCUCGGUCUGAUAAAGAAAACGUUAAAUUACGCCGCCGCUGGCGGUGGCGGUGUUGGCAGCGGUCGAUACACCCCGUCGCCGGUCCCGAUUCCCGUCGCCGAGUGGAAUGUCGAUUUCGAGGGAUCCAUGCGGCACAAUGCGUCGACGUUUUUCCCGCGUAGCUCGUUCCAGUCUCCGCAAUGCUGGCGAUUGGAUAGCGACGUCGCGGCUGCGUCGAGCGAGAGGAGAUUCAGCGUUUGCGAUCGAGUCGUUUUCGGUCAUCGGGCUAGCGAUGAUUUCUCGUCGAGCCAGAGGCCGAGCGAUUCGUCGUCAUGUCCCCGUACAAGCGAUUAUUCGUCGAGCCGGAGGGCGAGCGACUAUUCGCGGUGGGGUUCCGAUGAGGAUUAUUUGCAAGUUGACUCGCCGAGCACGGUAUUGCACGACGACGGGGAAGACGCACGCGGACGAUCGAAAUACUCGUUAGUUGCUAGUAAGCAAAUGGUCGGGAUUUUUUUGACGGUAUGGGUUCGGAGCGAGCUCGACGAAAACGUGCGGAACGUUAAGGUUUCUUGCGUCGGCAGGGGACUGAUGGGCUACCUUGGUAAUAAGGGAUCGAUAUCGAUAAGCAUGUUAUUACAUCGAACCAGCCUGUGCUUUGUCUGCAGCCACUUGACGUCGGGGCAGAAGGAAGGCGACGAGCUUCGCCGGAACGCUGAUUUUAUGGAGAUUUUGAGGAAGACGAGGUUUCCUCGCGUUAAGGGCGUUAAUGACGAGAAAUCGCCGGAGACAAUCCUACAACACGAUCGAAUUAUUUGGCUAGGAGAUCUAAACUAUCGAAUAGUGUUGCCGUACCGAUCGGCGAAAGCGCUUAUAGAAAUGCAGAACUGGCGGGCUUUGUUAGAAAAGGACCAAUUGCGGAUGGAGCAGCGACGGGGGAGAGUUUUCGACGGGUGGAGAGAAGGGAAGAUAUACUUCCCGCCGACGUACAAAUACUCGCACGAUUCAGACAGGUAUGCCGGAGACGACAUGCAUCCGAAAGAGAAACGGCGAACGCCCGCAUGGUGCGAUCGCAUACUAUGGUAUGGAAGCGGAAUCCAGCAGCUGUCGUACGUUAGGGGCGAGUCGAGAUUUUCAGACCACCGGCCUGUUUCGAGCGUUUUUUGGGCCGAGGUCGAGUGCGUCCCGGAUCUAUUGAGGAAAAGUAUGAGCUCUCGGUCGAGCUCCAGAGUCGAGGCUGAGGAGCUCUUCCCGUACUCGCAGGGCUAUACUGAGCUCUGCUUCUUUUGACCCGAUCGACCCACCCGCAGUCGAUUGAUCGAAAAUACGUACACACAGAUAUAGAGAUAUAUAUAUAUAUAUAUGUAGAGGAUGUGUUGAAGGUGUGAGGUUGUUCAUCAAUGGAGAUAUGAACUGUAAAUUUGGACACAUACAGAUUGGGAUUUGCUGUGUUUUUUUUUUUUACAAUGUGGGAAGCCGCAGCCGCUAUUCGAAAGUGCGCAUUGGAUAAACCCCCGGCCGAACUUAAUAAAUAGCCUGCAAAUUAGGUACGACGGACAAGUGACACAUAGUGUGACAGGUGACCUGAAGCGUCAGGAUCUGCUGUGUUUUUUAUUCUUUGGUGUGUAGUUU